AUGGAAGAAAGUGAUAUUACUCAGGCUAUGCGAACGUCCUCCAGUCGCUCUGGUGAGCCUGUUUUCCUACCUGCUGUUGGCAUGGAGUUCGACUCCGCAAAAGAAGCAAAAGACUUCUGCAACCUAUAUUCAUGGGAAAUUGGAUUUGGCAUUAGAAAAGGUCGAAACAGAGUGAAUGACAACAAUUACACAACGAGGCAGGAUUUCGUACGCUCAUGUGAGGGCCUCUGUCCUAACAGCAGGGCUGCAACCUGCAGGACUGGCUGCAAAGCCAUGAUCAGGCUUCAUCGCACCAGUGAUCAUGGAUGGGUUAUUUCUCGGCUUCACCUGCAACACAAUCAUCCUUGUUCUGCUACCCAUGGGCAGAACAAACAGUGGCUCUCACACAGCGACAUUGGUCCUAUGACCAAGGAUGUUGUUCAGAAGCUCCGUGAAAAUAAUAUUCCUAUAGGGAGGGUUUGCAGCAUUCUAGGGGUUGACGGUACUCAAUCAACAAUUCCUAUAAGGAAAGAGGCGGUAAGAUCUCUUUGCGCUAGAAUUGCCCAGGAUAAUAUUAAGGACGACAUAGGGAAGACAUUGGGCCUUCUUGAGCAGAUGAAAAGGAAUGAUGUUGGCAUGGAAAUCAGCUUUAAAAUUGAUGAAGAUGGUAAGAUUAAAUUGAUGCUCUGGUGCACUGGAAAGAACAGGGCUGACUACGCAAAGUUCGGUGAUGUGUCCAUUGUGUUUGGUGGGGUAUUGCUGACAACUGAGAAGGUUGAGGAUUUUGAGUGGGCUUUCAGCAAGUUUGUAGAAAUAAUGGGUGGCAAGGAACCCCACACUAUACUCACAGAUCAGUGCCAAGAGAUGGCUGCAGCCAUAAAAACCACACUGAAGGCGACUAAUCACCGGUGGUGUCGAUGGCAUGUUUUGAGGAAGACCAAGCAAAAAGUUGGUCCUACCUACAGCAAGAAAAUUAACUUUAAGAAAGAAUUCAACAAACUUGUCACCGAAGAAACAAUGGUACUUAGAUGCGUAUGUAGGAAGUGUCGUGUUGGUGUGCCCAUUGAGCGCCAUGCUGAACUAAUUUACACUAGGAGAAUUUACGAGAAGUUCUAUAAUGAACUAUAUUAUGCCGGUGGAUAUGCGAUCAAAAGUAGGACUUCUGAUGGUGUAUUUGAAGUAGCUCACUCAUUGUUCGAUGGCAAUGCUGAUCAGAUUUUCUAUAAGGUUGUAUAUGUUGGUGGUGAGAAGAUCACAUGCCAGUGCGGGCUUUAUGAACAUCUGGGUUUGUUGUGCAGGCAUUCGCUUAAGGUUCUUGUAUACUUGGACGUCAAAGAGAUACCCAAGAACAAUAUCAUGCCUCGUUGGAUGAAGGAUGGAGAUGAAAGUGCUGACCACAGUAAUGUCAAGACUGGCUUUGACGUAAUUCGGGGGUCAAGUGACGUCCUAAAGAAAAGGGCUCUAGUCAACCGAGUGCUCGAGGUUGCGUAUGGACCAAAUACUAUUAGUGAAGAAGUCUAUGCUCAAGCCAUGGGAGUGAUGGAUUUGGUUAGGUCACAAUCUUCAAUGCUGCAACCAUUGGUUGAUCAACCAUUUCAUGAUCCCCGUAUCAGUGCAGUUACAUCAGCUUCUGCUAUCGGUGCUCCAACCAAUAUUCGCUGUCCGGACAGACCAACAAAGAAGGGAAGACCUGCCAAUUCUAGCCUUCAGUCAUGGAAGGAAGAGUAG